AUGGAUUCCGAGCCUGCACGAUCGAUGCUAGAGAACCUGAGAGAACUUCUCCCGUUUCCCCUCGUUCGUUAUAUCCCCGCGGAAGAAUUCUUGUCUGGUGGAGGCGAACUUCAACCUGUUGAUUGGGAGGAUUCAGAUCUUCCCGAUUUGCCUUUGGAGGACCACAAUUCGAGGUGCUACUACUGCUUGGAUGAUUACCAGCCGCCGCGCCGAAAGUCCGCCCAGCAUGUGCAACUAUCGGAGACAGCACGAGAACCGCUGACGCGGUUCCCAUGCGGUCAUGUUUUGCAUCAAGACUGUGCUAGAGCAUGGAUAGGAGAGCACUCUAAGUGCGUCCUGUGCAAGAGUGACUUAUAUCCGAGUGAAUGUGUGCAAGAGGGCAUCAGCUGGUCUUCAGUGUCCAAUAUUUUCCGCGUUGAGGAUGGGAUUUUCAGAAGGGUAGUUGAUGUGGAACUUCUUCAUACAGUUCACACAGUUGAUAAAGACCUUGUCAUAUCUGGAUCUUUUUCGGAGGACGGUCAGUAUAUGAGAGUGCAACGGGGCUCGGGCAUGUACGUCAUCCACACAACUACAGGUUCUGAAAUCUGCUCCUUCAUGGAAGACGGCCUUAGUACCCACCACUUCAGUCCAGAUGGAACAGUUCUAGUGACGGAAAAUGAUCAUGGUGAUAUUACUAUCUGGAAAAUCCAGCCUGGACAUAAUGAGAAGAUCCGUACACUCAUCGGACGCAAGGGCAUGACUAUGCACGUGUGGGACGUCGCGAGCGGUCAGCCGAUGCAAAUUAUGCAGUUGCAAAACGAGUCCAGUUCUUGUCUUGCAUGUCACGGUGGCUUUGUUGCAGUAGCCAAAUCUAACGGAACGAUAGAGUUGUGGGAUGUCGGGAAUGGCUCACUCAUGAAUUACUGGAGAGGGCAUGACUCUCGGACAAGAGGACUGGUAUUCAUGCCCGAUGGUACUGGACUUGUAUCAGCUGCGGCACAGGAGGACCCACUCAAGUAUUGGGACAUGACAACAAUAUUGGACAGAGGAUUGACCUCCCCCGCCUUUUCACGGGACCAUCAGGUAUCCCAGGUUACUGAAGGUCUAUUGAACCUGUCUCCUACAAGAAUGUUCACCGGGGCUAAGGACCCUUUCUCACCCACUGUCUCGCACGAUGGGUGUUGGUUAGCAUGCUGCGACUUCCGGGGAGAAGCAGUGUUUUGUGGGAUGUCCAGACAGGAGCGCUGCAAUUCGUCCUACGAGUUGAACCUCUACGUGGGUAUCCUCUGUGUUAUAGUGCCACAUGUGGGAGUGUUGCUGAAAUGUCCAUCUGGGACAGUGAUUGGUAUUGACUUCAACCAGGAGAGGAGCUGUGUUGUGACAUUUAAUAAAGAAUGCACUAUUCAGACAUGGAAAAUUACCACCUUCAAUGAAAAGCGGGCAGAUUCACAACCCGAGGCGUCAACACAAUCCCUCGUUGACCAUGAACAGUCUAUUCCGGCCUCUUCUUCAACAGAUGAUCCAGCAUACCCGCACGAACAGGCAGAUCCUAUGACCGCGACCCCCGCAACAUCUGCCGCGACCGUGAUGUCCGAUCGCGAUACUGAUAAUGACACCACCAUGUCCGGUAAACGAGAUAACACUGGUCAGGACGAGGAGCACUCAGUAUGA